AUGUCAGAAUAGGAUUACUCACAAUUUUUAUUUGAAAAACAUGAUCAAGACAAAUUCGAUAAAUAUGAAGAAUUAGUAGAUUGUAAAGGAUUUAAGCUUCCAAAUGAUAAGAAUUAAACUAAAUAUUUAUUAGAUGAGGAUGAAGGGUAUAUAAAUAUAUAAAUUAAUAUAGUUGGUGUGAUUUAAAUGGAUGUUACUAUAAUUCUCUAGGCCAACCAAGUGGAUGGAUUAUAUUGUCAAAGGAUGGUAAAAAAUAUAUGAGAUUUAAUUAAAACAGGGAAUUUAUUGAAGAAUAAGAAAAUAAAUAUUAUUAGAAUGAAUAAUUUAAUGUAACACAUUUAGUAUAAAAUUAAUAAAAACAAAAAAAUUUAAAUGAUUAAGAAUAAUAAUAAUAAAAAUAAUAGUCUAAAUAAGAAAAUAGAAAAUAAUAAAAUUAAUCUAAUUAAUCUAAUUAAAAAAAUUAAGACAAUUAAAGAAAAUAAAAAUACAAUAAAUAAAAAGAUUAAGAACAUGAAAAAGCUAAGAUCUAAGAUAUUUCAGAAAAAGAUUAAGAACAAGAUUAAGAGGAGGAUUUAUAUGUUGAAAAAAUUGAUUAAUAAUUACCAAAAGAACCAAAAAAUACAAACGAUGAUCCAAAAACUAAUGAUUAAGAAGGACGGUAAAGAAAUCAAAGGGAUAGAAAACAAAAUGACAGAAAUAGGAAAAAAUAAAACAAGGAUGAUUAGAAUAAUAAUAAUUAGGAAAGUAAGAAAUAUUAUAUUUUAAAUAUAAAUGAAAAUUCUUUGAGCAAAGAGGAUUUUAUAAAAUUUUUAAUAGAAGAGUGUAAAAUUAAAGAAAAAAGUAUAAUAGAAUACAAUGAGAAUAUCUUAAAGUUAGCAUUAGAAAAAGAUGCCAUUAAAUUAUAUAGAUUGAAUAGAAAAUAAUAAACAGAUAAAGUUUAAAAAUUCAUUGUCUCAACAUGA